GUUGUAUGGGAUUUGGGGUAGCUAACCAUGGGAGAUUUUCAUUUGCUUUUUGUGUUGUGCUUAAUCUUUUCCACACUAAAGAUUUCAUCAGCGAGAGAUACAAUUAGUCUUGAUGAUCCCCUCCAUGAAAAUGAAACCAUUAUUUCAUCUGGAGGAACCUUCGAGAUGGGGUUUUUCAGGCCUUCUUCCACUUCCUUAAACCGCUAUGUCGGCAUAUGGUACAAGAAAAUAAUUCCUAAGAAGACUGCGGUUUGGGUUGCCAACAGAAAAGCUCCACUCAGUACAAACGCAUCGUCUGUUGCGUUGAAGAUACUCAGCCAAUCCCAACAACUACUCGCUCUUCUCACCGACACCAAUGAUGUUGUCUUGUCUGUUAACACGUUGUCGUCUUCGCCAAUUUCUCUGCGAAAUCCGGUGAUGCAAUUGCUGGAUUCCGGGAACCUUGUGGUGCGAGAUGGUGGAGAGGAAAACCCGGAGAGUUUUUUAUGGCAGAGCUUUGAUUAUCCGACGGAUACUUAUCUGCCGGGGAUGAAAAUGGGGAUAAACUUUGAAACUGGGCAUGAAGUUUAUCUUUCGGCGUGGAAAAGUGCUGAGGAUCCAGCGCCGUCUGAGUAUACAUCGAAUCUUCUUGUCACCGGAUAUCCACAGGGAAUUAUCCGGCGAGGAAAAGCUAUGAUCUACCGGAGCGGCCCGUGGAACGGGGUGAAGUGGAGUGGAAUUCCCAGUCCGGAUAUAAAUCCCAUUUACAAUUAUGAUUUGUUCAUCAACAAGACCGAGAUUUACACCAACUUUUCUCUGGUCAAUGAAUCUGUUAUAUCAGUGUUGUAUAUAAACUACACUGGUGUUGUGCAUCGCCUGAUGUGGGUGGAGGGGAUGAGAAAUUGGAUAACGAUUGGGAAAUUGCCCACAGAUGACUGUGACAGAUAUGGGAACUGUGGGGGAAAUGGGCUCUGCAAUAUAGGUAAUUUUCCAGUUUGUGGUUGCUUGGAUCACUUCUUGCCCCGAAACCAGGCAGAAUGGGGGAUGGCAAAUUUUGCUGGAGGGUGUGGCCGGAAGAGGAGCCUGGACUGCCAAAGUGGAAAAGAUUCAGGUGGAUUUCUUAAUUAUUCUGGGAUCAAAUUGCCAGAUACCCAGAAUUCGUGGUACAACGAGACGAUGACGCUCCAAGAAUGCCAGCAAGAAUGCUGGAAAAACUGUUCUUGUACUGCGUUUUCGAGUUUGGAUGUCAGGAAUGGAGGGAGUGGGUGUCUGAUAUGGUUUGGGGACUUGGUUGACAUUAGACAGAUGGCUGGAAGAGGGCAAGACAUAUUCAUCAGACUUGCAGCUUCUGAACUAGUUUCUGGUUCAGGGUUCAGAAGGGAGCACAGAAAAAUUCUGGAAAUAGUUGCAGUCACUUUGUCAUCAGUUAUUGGAUUGUUUCUGAUAUCAGGGCUAAGCUUGAUGUUGUAUGUGCGGAGAAAGAAGAAGACAAAAGUUCUGCGCGAUGAAGAUUUCGAGCUGCCUGUUUUUCACUUGCGUACGAUAGCUCGAGCUACCAACAACUUUUCAGUUGACAACAAGCUUGGAGAGGGCGGUUUUGGACCUGUUUACAAGGGUGUACUGGAAAAUGGGCAGGAAAUUGCUGUGAAGAGGCUUUCCAAGGCAUCUGUGCAAGGAAUUCAUGAGUUCAAGAACGAAGUCGUGUUUAUUGCCAAGCUUCAACAUCGAAACCUGGUGAGUAUUCUGGGAUGCUGCAUUCAAGGGGAAGAACAGAUGUUAAUCUAUGAAUACAUGCCUAACAGAAGCUUGGACCUCUUCAUAUUUGAUCCCACAAAAAGGAAGCUACUCGACUGGCCUAAACGGUUCAACAUAAUCAAUGGAAUCGCUCGAGGUCUGAUGUAUCUUCAUCAAGAUUCCAGGCUUAGGAUUAUUCAUAGGGACCUCAAAGCUAGCAACGUUUUGCUAGACGUCGACAUGAACCCGAAGAUAUCCGAUUUUGGAUUGGCCAAGAGCGUGGCAGGGAAUGAGACUGGAGCAAACACAAGUCGAGUUGUUGGAACACAUGGCUAUAUGUCUCCCGAAUAUGCAGUGCUGGGGAUUUUUUCAAUUAAAUCAGACGUGUUCAGUUUUGGUGUCUCUGUGCUUGAGAUUGUUAGUGGUAUGAGAAACAAAGGAUUUUCCCCGGAAGAUCAAUACCACACCCUCCUUGGGCAUGCCUGGAAACUUUACAGAGAAGGCAGAUCAGAUGAUCUAGUAGAUUACCAUCUAGUAGUUGAAUCAGGUGAUUUGUCUCAAGUUCUGAGAUCAAUCCAUGUCGGUUUACUAUGUGUGCAACAACAUCCCGAUGACAGACCAACCAUGUCGUCUGUAGUUCAGAUGUUAAGCAAUGAUGCCGUAUUGCCUGAACCGAAAGAACCCGGUUUUUUCACACAAAUGGGGUUUACCAGUGCUGAAUGUUCAUCAAGCACACCAGCUGCAAGUUCCUUAAAUGAAGUUUCCAUCAGCUUGGUUGAUCUUAGUUAGUUGGCUGUUUGAAUUUUUUAUUUUUAUUUUUAUUUUUUUUUAAUGUUCACUCUAUAGUCUAUAUAUGUUUUUAAGUUUUGGUUGUCCAACUUUACUCUAUUAGUAAAUGAAACCGCUUGCAGACUUUUUUUGUA